GCUUUUGAUGAAUACGAUGGACACGGGCGCACAGCAAAAACGUAAAAGGGCAAGUCGAAAAAACACCCCGAAACGGUUCCGAUGUGAAUACGAGGAUUGCCCAAAGCCAAAGGAAUUGUUCCAAUGCCAGGCUGAAGGUUGUGAUCAGACUUUUGUGCGUCUUGACCUUUGUUUGAGGCAUCAAGCCAGACACGGCGAAGCCUCAAGAGCGACGGUACAAAAUAUUGGCGCGGCAGUCUUCGAAAGUACGAACAGUGCUUUGAUAGACCAUGUUGAGGAAGCGAAUUCGGGGUUUCAUCAAGCGGCUGGUCCAGCUGUGACUUAUCGUCCUCCAACAGAUGAGAACAGCGCCACAGAGGCGCAUUCGAACAUACCCCUGGAUGUGGGAACAGGAAUACCCGGCUGGAUGCAGGACCAGAUGCCGGAGAACGAUGCUGGACUUGCAACAACUUCUCCUCAGCCUGGGAACGGCAACUUUGUGUCUUGGUUAUUUGAUAGCCCUGGUUCUCAGCAGCAGAACUUUGAUUUAUCAAACUAUCUGCCCUACGUAGACUUUGGUCUCGAUUAUUGCUCUCCGAUGAACGACCUCUGGCAGUUUGAACCUAAUCAGACUACUAUCAACGCUACUGUCGGGAGCUUAUUGACAGCAUCAACAGUGGCUAGUACGUUAUGUGAGAACCCUGGCGAUCACGGCUUGAACGGUCAUAUGCGUGUGUCUACCAAGUGCAGAUCAAGGAUCGUUCAGAGCAUCAGUUCGUUUCUCGGGAAGAAGCGCCCGCCAGGGCUGCAAGAAGCUGUCGGCAGUGAAGGGUUGUUGUUCAGUACCGACGGAAAAGAUCUGCCAAACUUGACAACCAACAUCUUGGAAGACUGCUUAUCUAGCUUCUGGUCGUACGUGGCAGUUCAGCUUCCUAUCAUCCACCAACAAACUUUCUCGAAUGACGACUGCCAACUGCUGCUUCUUCUCGCGAUCCUCAUGCUGGGUGCGGGCCAAUUUGUGCGUCUAAACCCAAUCAGAACACGAAGCGACCAUCGCGCCCUUGCCGACCUCUUAGCGAUCAAUCUUCGAUGGGAUAUCUUUCCAGAAGCUGAACCUCCCAUAGCACUAUGGGUGGCUCAGGCACUCUUGUUACUUGAGUUCUACGAGAAAAUGUUCUCAUCCCGUCGCCUUCACGAGCGCGCAUAUAUUCAUCACGCUUCGACUCUAGCUUUGCUACGGCGUGGCAGCCCUAUGGUCGGCCAUGCCGAGGAUGAAGAGCCCCCAACGCGGUGCCCCUCGCCGGUGAUGACCGCGCAACAGACGACUGGAACUUCUAAGCAGCUCAGUUGGUUUCAGCGCUGGGCGCGGAACGAGUCCUGGCGUCGUGUCGUCUUUGCGGCUUUGCAUAUGGAUACGUUGCACGCUGUGGCUUUCGGACAUGAAAGUUCGCUUCUGCCAUACGAAGUCCGACUUCCGCUACCAUGUGAUGAUUCCAUAUGGUCUGCCCAGAGCUCAGAAGACGUCUGCAGACUAGAGGAGACGUUCUCGAUGCACGGCAUCAGUCAACAACCCUUCCUUGACAGCUUGAAAAGAUGCCUGCACGGACACGAAGUACACUCGAAUUACGGCGCUCGCAUCAUCUUGGGCUCUGGUCUAAUGAGCGUAGGCUGGCAUCUGAGGCGCCGAGAGAGAAAUCAACAGUUCUUGGACUCAACUUCAUCAGCUCGCGAACAAGAACGGUGGAGAGCCUUGCUUCUCAACGCGUAUACUCAUUGGUGUCAAAGCUUCCAAAAGGCGCUCGAGAAGUCCAAAGCGCAUAGUCGUAAGCUUGAAAACAUCAGGGACGUGGUUUUCAAUCCAGUGAUUAUUUAUCGUCUGGCAUAUAUUACCUCACAUAUCGAUAUCUUGGAUGCUCAGGUAUAUGCAGGCUCGAAGCGCUUACUCGGCCGUAAAAUAACUGAUAAAGAUUAUCUUGGUUGCUCAACAAGAAUGCACAGUUGGGCCACAACCGGCUCGGCCAGAUUGGCUGUCGUUAGUGCUUUCGAGCUGCUUGACGAGACUCUGUUGAAUACGAACUCGAUGGGUAUCACACAGACGCCUGAGCAAGUCACGGCGACACACUAUACUUGCCGCGCUGAUGCGUCUGUUUAUCGCCCUUGGGUCUUGUACCUGGCUGCGUUGACUAUAUGGUCAUAUCAGUAUGCAGUGAGGACCGCAACCAUAGCGUCGCAAAUACCAUCAGAUCCAGAUCGAGUUUUGUCGCAAAGUUCCACCUACGACUACAUUCGAAGGUGUGCCCAAUCAGAGAUCAACAGUCUUCCGAAUCAGUUGUCUGCCCAGGGUUGUGGUGCAAUAUGCAAUCUUCUGGCUCGAGACUUUGCCCACUCGGAAUGGGAACUGCUGUUGGAAGCCUCCAAGAUACUUGGUUCGUGUGCAACCACGAUCCUGUACAGGAAU